GUCAUCAAUUAUAUAAAACCAAGAGCCAUUCAUGAACUCCUGUUUAUUCAUAUUUGACUUUAUAUCAAAUGUAUGAAACCUAUGCUUUUGUUUACAUUGUAUUCAAUCUUAUAGCCAAUAAUUCACUUGUCAAAGUGUCAAAUGUCUGCAAAGAUUAAUUAUAGGUACUUGAAAAGAUAGCAGCUGGCUGAGCAUAUUGGAUCCAACUGCCAUGGUGGCCCAAGGGGGCACACUCUGUAGGCUGGCUUUGUGUAAUGACCUAUAAAACGGUCCAGUCAGAAGAGAGCUAAGGGUUGUGACCCCGAGAUAUGUCUUCAUGUUCAAGAGCAAUUAGUUAUUAAUUACUAAUGUAAUUAAAAUGUUAAAACUGAAUGCUGAACUAUUCCUGUGUCUACAGGGUGUCCAAAAACCUAGGAAUCAAUGGGAGUUAAACUACAUACAUAUAUGUAUAUUGUGUCUCUUUACUGACGCUUAUUUUCAUAUUUAAUUUUCUAUACAAGUGAAAAAUGGCAUUAAUGUUAGAUGAAAGGGUAGAUAUAGUACUUCUUGCUUUGUCUUGGUACUCUUAUUGGUUCCUAAAUUUUUGGGCACUGUGUAGAAAAGAGAUCAGAUUAUGUUAUGCAAAGACUGCUUAGUUCAUACAUACACAUCUACCAGUGUUCUCUGUCUCUGUCUCUUCAUUCAGUCUAGCAUUAGAUGUUUUACAUUGGUUUUUGCAUCCUACCAGGUAUUUUUCCCCCUGAUGCUAUAAUAUUUAAACCCAAAUUAUGAUAAUAUAAGAAAUAUAUAUGCAAUAUAUGCAAUUGUUUCAAAUAAGCCAAAUAUCAUCCAUAAUAAAUAUUGAGUGUGUGUAAUUGUUGUAGAAUGUCAAAUUGCAAAUAACAAAAUGAGCAAAAAUGACAUUUUUUAAAAAAAAACAUUUUUUUUCUGAAUGAGCAGUUGCAGCCAGAAUGGCCCCAACUGACUUACAGACAGAGAGAUGAUGACUGAUGAACCACUUGUCAUCCACCAUGGGCACCUGCACACUAUCGAUUGUCUUGUCUCUGAGGAGACAGAUAAAUGCAUUAGCACCAAAGUUGUUCACUGCCACUGGAAACAUAUUAACUUCGUAUAUAUUCGGCAUCCUGUCUGGUUUCUAUGGCGAGUGAUAAAGGAUGGAAGAAGUAGAGAUUGAAGAAUGGGUGUGUGUGUCGGGGAGCGGGGGGUAUGGGAGGAAAAGCGAGAUUGUGGGUUAUGAGAUGAGGUGGAAAUGCUAUGAGUCAGUAGUUUUUCUUAAUUACCAUCUAUCUUACACACACACACACACACACAUUCACAAUGCUUCUAAUCAAUACAUUAUGCCUUUUUCAUCAUGGUAAAACUUGUGAUUUAACCUUUUAUGUGCAGUCAUGUAAUUUGCAAUGGUCAUAGUCUUGAGAUCCCUCGCAUGUUGUGUCAUUUGAUUAUCUGCAAAAUUAUAGACUUCUUUAUACUGUUUGGCCAAUCCAUUGUUAUCAAUUUCUAGCCUCAAACAGAAAUACAUGCACGACAGUCACCACAAGCAUAAAGGCUGCCUCACUAGUUCUCCCUCUUUCUUCUCUCCCCAUCUAGGUUUGCAGAAAAAAGGUAAAAAAUGGUAUAUUUGGGGGAAGGUUCUGACACAGUGGAUUAAAGACAUGCCUAGAAGAGAAAAGUAAAUCAGUGGAUGUGUUCACAUUUCCUCUUCUAGCUGAUAUGUGUUAGACUGUGUAUAAUUUACACAUCGAUAGCACUAAACAAAUGUAAUAUUAUUUUUCUCUUGAUCAUUAUUCACUUUUGAAUGAUGUCCUUUUUAAGUUUAGUUAAAGCAUGAAUUAAAUACUGAAUAUAACAUUUACAAAUUUCAGUUAAACUUCUUAUAUAAGUAUAAGAAGAAUAAGACUGUAAGUCUGUAUAAGACGUAAACAUUAUAGAAACUUUUAUGAAAAGUUGCCUUAAUCCUUUAGCAUAGCAUCAUUAUUCUAAUGAACUCUCAUCUGAACUCUCAUCUGAACUCUCAUCUGAACUCUCAUCUGAACUCUCAUCUAAACUCUCAUCUGUAGGUUGUUUUGAAUUAAGAUUCUAAGGAUUUUAAAUCUAAACACUACAAAGGAGCAAAAUGUUUGGAUUUGUAGUCAGGUUACUAAUUUUAAUGUCAUUUAUUUGUGCAGGAUUAAGUUGUUACAAGUGCUUUAUAGAUCCAGAUGACAGUGUCCGUCUGUGCUGGGGUCACAUUCUCAGUGAAUAUAACAUUCGUAAUAUAGAUGCCUGUUUCAAAACCCUAGACAGAAUAUUCAACAACAAUCCAAAUGUAACCAAGGCAGCUAAAGUAGGUAGAGGCUAUGACACAGCACUAAAGGAGAUUAUGAGGGCUGAAAUCAUGCCUAUUGUGGAAGAAUUUCACCAGAAUAUGAAUAAUGACACAGUGUAUGAAGUUAGGUUACAAGCUGCUGCAGAAACAUUCAUCAUAAUGGCCUCUGGUCUGCCUAGAGCUUCUGGAUGCUUCCCUCCUUGUGGUUUUCAGGCUCAUGGCACCGUUUAUAACUGCAUGACUUGUCAGUAUGACUCCUGUGAAUUCCCCCUGGACUGCCCAUUGCAGGAAAUCACUGUGGGGGAAAACAACAGAACACAGAUGUGGUGCCAUGUGCCAUUUGUUUUGCCAAGUGACAUACAGAUGGUUUGGAGGUAUGCAGAGAUCAAGACAAUGUUGAUGGAUCGGUUUGCAGAGGUGACAGCUGGCACGGAUAAGCUCUUCUCCAUACCGUCGGCCCGUCUGGAGCACUCGGGCACAUAUCAGUGCGAAAUCUUUUCUCAGGAACGUUCACUGGUCCGCAUCUAUUAUCAUCUUACAGUUGUUCCUAAUGAGGUAGUUGGCCAUACAGAACUGCAGGACGUGUUUGAUAAAGCUCUCCUACCUGCUGGACAGUUUCUACUUUUGCCCUCUAUACCUCCAUUUUCACUGCUGAGGCUACCCAGUCCAGAGCUCCUCACCGUCUGUCUGGCAUCAGUGCUAUUGCUGCUCUUCCUCACUCUAGGGGUGGUGUACUGGUGGCCAUCUAAGAAAAUGGACUGUGAACCAGAGCAAGGACGUGAACCACAUCGGAAUACGUAUACAGUGCAAAUGUUGUGAACAGGACCCAAAAAUUGCAGCAAAAUACUACUGGAUUUGCCUGUAAUUGUUUUAGUUCACCACAAGAGAACGCAAAAUUAACAAAUCUGACGUAUCUGAUAAACUCAACUAAACUUUGUGAAAAUGAUUGUUUAAUGUGAUAUCUUAUUCUUUU